AACGGCUCCCUGGACAGCGCCUCUUCCGUCUGCGGAGACCGGAAGUGGGGCGGGAGCGCCGGAAGUUGAAGGGAGUUUCCUGCGACCUCGGCUUCCUCAACAUGGCAGCGCCCUUAUCAGUGGAGGUGGAGUUCGGAGGUGGCGCGGAGCUCCUGUUUGACGGUGUGAAAAAGCAUCAGGUCACCUUGCCUGGACAGGAGGAGCCCUGGGACAUCCGGAACCUCCUUGUCUGGAUCAAGAAGAAUUUGCUAAAAGAGCGGCCAGAGCUGUUCAUCCAGGGAGACAGUGUGCGGCCAGGGAUUCUGGUGCUGAUUAACGAUGCAGAUUGGGAACUGCUGGGUGAGCUGGACUACCAGCUUCAGGACCAGGACAGCGUCCUCUUCAUAUCCACUCUGCACGGUGGCUAAGGACCCCUCUCUCUGCCUGGGCCCCGGAGUGGGGAGAAGAGAACAAUCAGACAUGCCCUUGGACCCUGCUUCCAGAUCUCCCUGCCCCUCUUCGUUGCUUUCUUCCCUGAUCUGUCCCCUGGGUUUCCUCCAUGCAGGGAAAAGAGGCCAGGUGCUAAAAUGAGCCUUUCGCAGGCAGGCACGUGAGCAGGGGCAGGCAGGCAGGCAGGUGCCUGAGCCCAGCACUCCCUCUCCCAGCAGCUGAGGUGGGGGAGGGUGCCCCUCUGGUUUGACAAGAGUAGAGAGGGCCUCUGGGGCCAGGUGACCCAGCUGCCUUCCACUCCUAUGUCUCAGUCUAAACACUGAGUGACCACUGACAAGGCACUCCAGCUCCAGGUCGCAGUGUCUUCAUGGGGAAGAUGAAUGGCCUUGAAUAGCUGAUGAGAGGCCCCUCCCUUCUCAAACAUUGAAGGAGUCCCCGCCUCAGUUUCCCCAUCUGGACAGCAGAGGUCUCUGCCUGUCCCCCACCGAUAUCAUUAUGGGACCCCAGCUGGGGUCCCCUAUUCAGAGCUAACCCUCCUCCCCCCCACCCAGCAGCUGCUCUUCCAACCACACCCCUCCUUCUGCUCCCCCCCAUCCACAGCCCUUGACCCUGGCUGGCCUUCCCCCCCCCCCCUCCUCACAGGCCACCAGAUGGGCUCCUGAGACCCUCCCCCAGCAAAAGGCUGCCUGCAGCUCAUUCUGAGGAGGAGGGAGUAGGCUUAACCUUGGACUAGCACAUAGAGGCCUGAAAGGGUCAGCGUGCCUCAGUUUCCUCCUCAACAACAACUGAAUAAUUACAGUAUCAGAAAACAGGGCUGAUGCUGAUGCCACAAAUGUAGACUUUAUCUCCCUUCCCACCGCCUGCAAGAAGCAGGAUGGGGGCAGGCAGCACCUGGUAGGCAGGGUGGCUCACCCCUCCUCCCUCCAUCCCUCUGGAAGUCUUGGGGCCUCGGUGCCUGCAACAGCUGGCCUUGGGCAAAUAAAAGACUAAGUUGUUUACUA